AUGUGUGCCGGGGAUAUCAUUACCGAUCAUCAAGCAGCUACUACUUGUAGGCGUUUGAAGAUCGUAUUUAACCAGACGUUGGGUGUGGCAGACGGCGUCAGUGGCUGGGCAAAACAAGGCAUCGACUCCGGCCACUACGCCCGCAAACUCAUGAAGAACUCGGCUGAUGCAGUGGUAGCUCUAAAAGGAACUGACGGAAAUCCGAUAGGUGAUCCUGAGAGGAUUCUCCAGGAGGCUUUCUCCAACACAACUGGCGUCCAAGGGGCGUCCACGGCUUGCAUAGUCAGCCACAACGACGGGGUUUUACGCGCCGCGAAUGUCGGGGACAGCGGGUUCAUGGUGUUCAGGGACGGGAAAAUGAUGUACAAAUCGCAGACUCAGCAGCGCCGCUUCAACUGUCCCUACCAGUUAGGGAAUCACAGCUCAUGCGACCGUCCCGAUUCUGCCAUUCAAAUGGAAGUCACGGUUAUGGUGGACGACCUUGUAGUGCUCGGGACCGAUGGAUUGCUGGACAACAUGCACGUCGAGGAGAUCGAGAAAAUCAUUGCGAUGACGAUGGUAGCGAAGGCAGAGAGAGAAGGAAAGACGGUGGAGGAGAAGUUGGCGAGGGAGAUAGCAGAAGCCGCGUAUUACAAGUCGUUGGACAAGUAUGGCGAUUGUCCUUUUGUGAGAGCUAGUUUAUUGGAGGGGAAGCAUCACAAAGGAGGAAAGGUGGAUGAUAUAACUGUUGUGGUUGGGAGGAUUAUCCAAAACUACGAUCUCCAGAUCAAGAUCAACUCAGACCAAAAAAGUACCCCGGAGUGA